AUGGCCAUUCUAAAAGUCAAAUUCACAAAGAACAAGCGGGAUAAACUAGCCCAGGUAUGUUGGAUACUGAAUUGGAUUUCUGUUGUCACGGGAAUCAUCAUCUUCAGCCUGGGUCUGUUCCUGAAGAUCGAGAUCCGGAAACGAAAUGAACUGAUGGCCAACCGGGAGGUCCAUUCCGUCCCCAACAUGUUGAUUGCAGUGGGGGUCAUUGCCUGUGGGAUUAACUUCCUGGGUGGCAAAAUCUGCUAUGACUGCUCGGACACUAUCAAGUUCCAUCGCUGGAAACUGUUCAUGCUGCCCUACAUCAUCUGCACCUUCUUUUUCACUUUUUGCAUCCUGGUGGGGGCUCUGAUGUGCUACACCAUGAGGAAUGACUUGGAGGAGUCCCUGUACCUAGGCUUGAAGGAAGCCCUCAAGUUCUACAAGGACACAGACACUCCUGGAAGGUGCUUCCUAAAGAGGACCAUCGAUAUGCUGCAGAUUGAGUUUCAGUGCUGUGGGAAUAAUGGCUUCCGAGACUGGUUUGAGAUCCAGUGGAUCAGUAUGAGGUACCUGGAUAUGUCCAACAAGGAGGUCCAAGACCGACUGAAGAGCAACGUUGAUGGGAAGUACCUGAUGGACGGUGUUCCAUUCAGCUGCUGUAACAUCAACUCCCCACGGCCCUGUAUCCAGAAUCAGCUCACCAACAACUCGGCACACUACAACUACGACUUCCAGAGUGAGGAGCUCAAUGUGUGGCGGAAGGGCUGUCGGAAGGCCCUGCUCGAGUACUACACCCAGAUCAUACAGUCCAUCAGCUUUACCGUCCUCAUCAUAUGGCUCUUCGAGCUGUCGGUCUUGAUAGGGGUGCGGUACCUCCAGACGGCCAUGGAGAACGUUCUGCGGCAGGGAGACCCUGACUCUGAAUCAGAUGGCUGGCUGCUGGAGAACAGCUUUGUGGAGACAGCUCUGUCCAACUUAAACAUCAUCAAGAACCUGGGAAAGUCCAACCAGAUCAAUGCGGCCUCAGGGAAUGAGGACCCCAACAUGGACGUUCCUACUACAGACUACGGGCCUGAGAACAAAUAAACAAAAUCCCCACUGCCAGCUAAACCCCCAAGUUGAAGGUUCUGCAUGAACAUUAAGGGCCCAAUUUUGAUCACAGGUCGUUAGCACCUGAUUAUGGGCGCUUGGUGGACGCAGAUGAGUGCCCCAGUUUUCUACGCCUGCGCUACAGCUAGGCAUCGGACAAAGAUUUUGAGGAGCGGCCUCGUUAUCAUUUAAC